GUCAUGUUCAGCCAACAACCAGUGUCGCGAGGCGUCCCUCUUCCCGCUCGCAGCGCAGUUUGAGAGCUAUCGAAUGGUUGAGUUUCGGCAGACGAGCCCUUGGUGCCUGAGAGUUCUCGAGUGAGAGAGAGAAGACCACUGUUCCAUUCUAACUUGUUUCCCAGUCUACUACUCUACUACGUACAACUUUCCUGCUCAAGUGAUUUGAUCUGGUUCCUGGUUCCUUUUCUUUCCCGUUCCAUCCAAAACUUCCCAAGCCCAGAGUUCCAGAUCCAUUGCGCACAAAUCUCACACUCGUUUUCACCCGCCAUGCGGUGCGACAAAGCAAUGUGAAGACGACAGAGCCUACGAUAUAUCACUUCUUCCUAGCAAUUACCUAACUACCCUUAUACUUCCUCUCUAUCUCCCCGUCGCUCCUCUCUUUCCUCCUCUUUUCCUUGCCCCCCUCCGCCCCUCCGCCCCCCCGUUAUCCCAUCCCAAUUGCGGUUGGUUGAUCCGAACAAGCGUAUGUGAUCAUGGGGGACAAUAGUCAGCCCUUCGUAACGAUAAGUGAAUGGCAGCCCACAGAUGGGCAUAGUUUCAGCAGUGGGGAUUCCGCCGUACGUCGAAACAAGAGAAUAGCCAGGCCUCAAGCGCGCUCUCAUCUAAUCUCGUCUUCUUCCCAGUAUGGCUCCAGCAUUGACGAUGAGAGGACACCGUCAGCGACGCACGAUAUUAGUCGUGUAAGCUACCAUGUCAAGAAUCUACCCGACUUUGCCAAGACUCUCGAAGAUUCCGCUACGAGAGCUUUCCCUAAUCGGGGAGGCUCCCAGAGAUACAAGAAAGUCCAUGCCCUCCUCCUCCACUGGGGAUGCGAUGACCUGUUUGUUCAAAAGGAGCUUGAUGAUCUAGAAAUUUGCUUUCGAGAAGAUUACAGCUUCGAAACAGAAACGUUCUCGAUACCCUCCGACAAUGCGCAUUUAGAAUUGAUGCUUAAAGUUGGUGCUAUGAUAAAAGAGCACGAGUCAAAUGAUACGUUGUUCAUUGUUUAUUAUGGCGGCCAUGCAAGAAUAGACGAGUCAAGGCAAAGUACAUGGUGUGGAACCCGAAAUUCAGAUUCACCCUGGCUACAAUGGUCUGCGAUACAGACCUUACUAGAAAGGUCUCUCUCGGACGUUUUGAUAUUAUUAGAUUGUUGCGCUGGAGCUGCUAGUGCUACUUUUCCUAAUGGCAACAGCAUAACAGAAACAAUAUCGGCAUCUAGCUGGGAUGCCAUCGCCCCUGAUCCAGGCAGAUAUUCUUUCACCAACACCCUGAUCGAAGUGCUCCAAGAAUGGAGACGAAGAGUCUUCUCGGCUGCGAUGUUACACGCCGAGGUUCUAGCUCGCCUUAAGCACCCAAGACCUGAGAUGGUGCCUGGACGUAGCGAGCGCUUCGAAGCGCGUGCUACGCCGGUACAUUUCAUGAUGACCGCCAACCACAAAGCGCCGAGUAUCGAAAUAACCCGUAUUGUACCUGCUGACGCAAGACCACCUUCACCUCCUCAGGAGCCUGGUUUUGAGGUCAACCCUAUCAACGGUCGAUCAAGUGGCCCCCAGGAUAUCGUUGGGUCCCAACCAAACGAAGACGUGCCUCACGUGAUGAUUAGUUUGGCGUUGGAGGAGGAUCAACGCCUCAACAUAAACGACUGGGAACACUGGCUUUCAAACAUACCUGCAUUAGCUAAGUAUGUUAAAGUCCAAGGAGUAUUUAAGAGUCAUUCAACACUAUUACUUUUAUCAAUGCCGGUAAUGGUCUGGGACCUGCUACCGGAGGAUCAUGCAUGCAACUUCAUAGCGUUUAUUCGGUCAAACAACCUGGCUGCUCGCCCCCGGAACGAACCAGGGACAAUAGAGGAAGAGGUGAUGGUGGGCGGUGACAUAGAUGCGGACUUAAGGUCUAUCUAUUCGGGCACCACAGCGUACACCGGGCCGCUUGAGUCUGCUGGAGGUGCCAGAUUAUCUAUGAUGUCUGCCUUUUCGAAUGGUAAGGCGCCUAUGGAACCGGCUUACAGGGGGUUUGAAAGACCGAGAUUCGAGUCAAAUAGGCGAAGCUAUCGCUCAAUAAAUAGAUCGUCUAUGGAUCAGCAAGGGCCUAGCAGAGGCGUCCCAGGAUCUUCUUAUGGCCCACCAGCAAGACAACGCACCGCACCUGCCGGUUUCCUCCACAAGAGUAUGUCUUACGGCAAUAUAGCUCAACAGCUAGCCAUCAAUCAACCUCGAGGCCCAAGGAGACCGUCCUUAGCAAGCCAACCCGAGCUUCUACCACAUGUCCAGGCACGACUAGAAGAAUACUUCCAGAGCAAUCGCUCGCCGACAGUUGCUGUCAAAGAGUUCUUAGCAUCGACCCUCGAUGCGGAAACUGCAGAUAUUGAUCUCUGGUUCCAACAUCGUCGAGAGCAACAGGAGGUGGAGAAUAGGUUACAGAGUCUGAAGAUAGACGAUCAUAACCAUGACCCUCCCACGGAUGGUACCCAGAUGAUCCUUCCCGGCCAUCUCAACAAGUUGUUGGAAAUCUUCCCAGCGGGCCAAGUUGUGGUGAUUGAUCUACGGUCGCCACCUGAAUAUGAGAAUUCCCACAUUCAUGGCGCUAUCAACUUCAGGGCUCCCGCCUCAUUCGUGUCCCGAGCAACAAUGGAGAUGAUCGAAAAGGCGCUCCCAGAUGAGACGAGCUGUAGUUCAUUCGACAAAUGGUAUACCAGCAAGUGUGUGGUCUUCUACGAUAAGGUAGUCGAGUACACAUGGGAGGCGCCCGUAGCAGACGCAUUGUUCCAGAAGUUUAAGGGUAAAGGCUGGACUGGGCAAUGUUUCGUGCUCAAAGGUCACUACCGCGAGUUCUCAUCUUCAUUCGACAAAUAUAUUGUCGGUGCAAAUACGACAGACAGCGCGAAGGAGUACCUUGCUAGUCUCCAGGAUGUAUCAUGGGAAGUAACGAAGGACGAUCAUCAACGAUACGAUGAUUGGCUCAAACUCCUUGAUAGUGAGGAUAGAGUGCGCUCCACAGGCCUUGUCCCAGCGGUGAAGGCAGAACGCCUUGACGUUACGGUUAAGCACCAAAGAGAAAUUGAAAUCGAAUUCGAGAAGUUCCAGCCAGAGCUUUUCAAAGAAGCCCUAGACCGCAGGCCUGACGGAAACUGGAACGUCAAGGGCCCUAUGGUAGCUCAUUUAGAGCGUGGCAUUUCUAAGAUGCAAGAAGCCGGGAAAGGUCUUGGAUCUAGUAGAUCCAUUGCUCCGAUCCCGGAAUACAAACGGGCCGUAGACAAGCUUUCUAUGUCCGAUUAUGACCUACUUGAAUCCGAAGAUGAGCACCAAAGUCACGAUUCGACGCCACAUAAAAAGGAGCCCAGCCUCACGCCUAGGUCAAUAUCUGACGACACUCUCCCCGAGAAGAAACGUGGGGGGCGUGGCUUUCUAGGCAAGAUAAUGCAGACCGGCCGCCCAAAAACUCCGCGAUGAGACAUAAUUGGGAGGCACAGGCGUCGCCCAUGCUUAUAGAUAUUUAUGACUACGACUUUUACAUUUCACGUUUAAGAGAGGGGAUUUGUUUAUUCCCCCAACGACUUCUAUUACUAUUAUUCAGGUUAUAUUACGGGAUGGAAAUGGGAAUUAGCACGAGAUAUCCUUAGCGUUCUAGCUACUGUGAUUUACUGUGUUGCAUAUCUGGCAGGGGGCAGGCGGAUAAACGGGGUUAAGGAGCGAGGCCAUCAUUUAUACUCGCGGGUUGGUGUAUCUUCGAUUUUAUGUUUCGGAUUUACAUUAUAUAUUAAACAUCAAGGGGUAUGAGACGCUGUUGUCUCUGGGUUAGAGUAGAAUACUCCGCGCGCUUUUCACCUACGGCUUUCGCGGUGCUAUGCUGCGCUUGCUUGGUAGGCGAUGGAUUGGCGGAUGGAUAGAUGAUAGAUGUUAAUGACACGUGUCUAUCGGGAGGUUAGAUCAUAUCAAAAUCCAAGUGCGGUUCUAUGACUUAGUCCCCAUACUAUUCGUGUUGUAAACGAAAUACUUAUCUACCUAUAUAGGUUCUUGUGUUCCUUGGUGCUUAUUGUUCCC